AUGCAGCUUGCUCUCAGUAUUAUCUUCUUCUUUGUCGGCUUCGGCGUGGCCACGAUCGUCGCUUUGAGGCCUUACAAAGCACGGAAAGACAUUGAAGCUUUCACAUCUCAACUUCGCCAUGUCACCAAUGGGAUGAAGGGAAGCGGCCCUCAAGCUGGGGACCUCGACCAACAAGAAACCAAUGAGCAGAUCAUCCAAAAAGGUUCUGAGAAUCUCUUGACGAAGGAGCAACUCGAGGAGAAAUUCGACAUGGACGCUUGGCAGCGCUUGGUGUAUGAGGAGUUCAAGACCACAAUCCUUGCCAAAGGCAGUGGACUCAAGACGUUCCCUUGCGUAUAUGCGACAAUGGGCUACCGAGCAGGAGACCAUCGCUACGUGUUUUUGGAAUCAGACGACCCGUCAGAGCCCAGAAAUGUACGAAUCAUCGCGCCUGCCCUAAGGGCUUACCUGCAGGUCUCGAAAUCGCUCGGGCCAAACACCAGUCUAGUCAUCAUGGGCGCGCCUACCGAAGGCUCAUUAAAGACUGUCGAGCAAUACAACAACGAGUUCUUCGAUAUGUUGCGUGGACUGAGAAUUUGGGACUCAAAACCCUGGCCAAAAGACGUGCCUCAGGAUACGUUGAAUGAGAAGUGGACAUUCUGCUUUGACGGAAUACCUCUUUUCCCAGUCGCCUUAACGCCUGCACACCAACGAAGGUGGUCCAGGCAUGCUCCUGUCCCUUUGGUCGCAUUACAGCCAAAAUGGGUGCUUGACAACCUCAUGAGCACCCCGGAGAAACGCAAGUCCGCGACAGGAAAAGUCAGGAAGUUGCUCGCGGAUUACGACCAGAUCGACAUCAGUCCUGACUUGACACAAUACGGCGAAGUAGGGACAAGUGAGGUCCAUCAACUGUGUCUCAAGGACGAGAACGAGACAAUGGACUGCCCAUUUGACGACUUUGACAAGGGAGGAGCAAGAUCGUCAUCUUCGUCGCGGCGAUCAUCACUCGAAGAGAAGACAGUAUAG